UGAGCGCUUUGACUGCCCCAUGUUUUAGCAAUCUAAGCGGACGAGGGACCUUCUUUGGCGCAUGCAAAGGAUCGGCAGUACGCCAAUGCGUCUGACGGAGAUGAGGGCGAGUCAGUCAACACCACAGGAGCUCCUGCUUAGACUCGCAGCUCUCAAGAAGCCCUUGGUUCUGUGGUUCGAUCCGACUUCCUUCAAGAAAGUCAGCUCAGGUGACAGAUCUAAGGGCUUCUUGAGAGAUGCCAGCAAAAGCGCGAGCUCCUUCUACUGGCACUCUCGAAGCUGGUACGGCGCUCUGCAAGAUGUGAGAUGUCGUUUCCGCUUUGCUCUGCGAGCGACGCUUCUCUCGUCGCAGAACAAUCACGCUGCAUACAACGCAGGCUCCACCUCCUAGCCUGGAAAAAUGAGCGAUUUCGCACUGCUGGAGUCUGCUCGCGCAGCCGUCCAGACCCAGUCGGGCCGCGCUGCCCUCUACGGAACUUCACACCAGGUAAAACAUGCCGAGCGCCUUCUGGCGCUAUGUCGUGGCUAAGGCGGGCCAGCCCAUCGCUGACGUGGUCACAGUGCCUCAAAAUAUCCCCCUACCCCCCUCCCCCCCUCUCCUCUCCCCCUCCCCCCGCCUGUGCCAUCGACUCUACCCUACGCAAGAAGCACGGGCUCAGUCGAGGAGCCAAAGCCAGAGAAGGCGCACGAAAAAAUGCUGCGCGCGAUCAAGGACCUGCGCGACGCCUCUCGCGAGAUGACCAAGGAGGAUGUGGCUGUCUAGGAAGGUCUCGUGCACGAGCCUCUCAAGCAGCUCUCGGUCGACUUACCUGCCGCGGUUGACCAGAUGCACCGAGCCCAGCUAGAUCGAUACAGUCGCCUCAAGGCCGCGGUUUGAGUCUAGCUGAGCGGCAUGGACUUUCAAAAGAGCGUGGCGAUCCAGC